AUGGCAGUGGGUGUAGUUGAUGGAACUUCAGAAGCCAUUUUCCACACUUUUAUGUCUCUUGGAUCCUCACGAUCAGAAUGGGACUUUUGUACAUACCAAGGAAGUGUGGUAGAUCGCAUUAACGCUCACACUGAUAUUGUUCACAUGAAGCUGUACAGUGAUUGUCUACCAUGGGGAAUGAAACCACGAGAUUUUCUGUUAAGACGGUAUUGGAAAAAAGAGGAUGAUGGCACAUAUGUGAUGUUGUUCCAUUCUGUUUAUCAUAAGAAGUGUCCACCACAGAAAGGCUACGUUCGUGCUUCUGUUAAAAGUGGAGGAUUUCUAGUGACUCCUAUUGACGAAGGAAAGCAAUCACUUGUUAAACACAUGCUCGCUAUUGAUUGGAAGUUGUGGAAAUUGUAUCCACGCCCAUCAUCUGCUAGAUCCUUAACCAUUCGUAUGCUUGAGAGAGUUGCAGCACUGAGAGAGUUGUUUAAAGCUAAAGCAGCAAAUUAUUGCUCUGAACCUAUUGAAAAGGAAAUAGAUUUAGUGUUGCCUCAUAGUAAAAAGGAAGAGGAUAUUAAUAAUGAAGUUAAAGAAGUGGACAGCAAAUUGGGGGAACUUGUAUUGGAGGAAGAGGCUAACAGAGAAACUUCUCAUUGUACGAGUCUAGUGGCAUUGAGUGAUGUUGAUGAGUUCUUUGAUGUUCCUGAACCAAAGGACUAUGAUCAAUUAGAAAAUGAUUGGCACUCUACCUUGCUUUCAGAGCUGCACCCUCAGUCUCAGCUACUGGAUGAACAGACUGCUUACCAUCCCAAAAUAUCAUCAGCCACUGGUUUGGUCCAAAAAUUACACGAUUUUGCAGUUCAGAACAAAGGGUACAUGGAUUUACAAGACAUAGACAUGGAGAAUAGUGUGCAGUGCACUUAUGGAGCCACUCUUCGUAAAGAUUUAAGUUUUACUUUACCAUGCAGCUGGUCUCCAUCUGAUCCAUCUUUAUUUUUUAUUCGUGGAGAAACAUAUUUAAAAGAUCGUCAAAAGGUCAAGGCAAAAGGCACCCUAAUGCAAAUAGUGGGUGCAGAUUGGCUUCAAUUUGACACGCGACAAGAUGAUCUAUGCAGUCGUCCUGGUAGCAUAGUUCAGCAAUAUGCAGCAAAAGGUGGCCCAGAAUUCUUUUUUGUCGUCAACAUACAAAUACCUGGAAGUCCUUCAUAUUCCAUUGUACUCUAUUACAUGAUGGAAACUCCACUGGAAGACAAUCCUUUAUUGCAACGCUUUGUUGAUGGAGAUGACGCUUACAGAAACUCAAGAUUUAAGCUUAUACCACAUAUUUCUAAGGGACCAUGGGUAGUUAAGCAAAGUGUUGGCAAAAAGGCAUGUCUGGUGGGCCAAGCUCUAAAAAUACAUUAUUUUCGUGGGAGAAACUAUCUAGAGCUGGAUAUCGACGUUGGAUCGUCAGCAAUUGCCAAGGCAAUAGUGAACCUAGUUCUUGGAUAUCUGAACAAUUUGGUCACAGAAAUGGCUUUUUUGAUAGAGGGAAACACACAAGCAGAGUUACCAGAACUCCUUAUUGGAACAUGUCGACUCAAUCAUAUGGAUGUAUCCAAAGCAUUUGUGGUCAAACCAUAA